GGGAAUACCCGUAACAAAAUUCCAAGAUCUGAAAGUUAUAGCGAAACCGAAACUUGUGGGUUGAUUGAGAGUUUUUAUUAGACGCAAACUUUUCAGUAGCUUCCAGUGUGUUGUUAAAGAGCUGUGCUGUGUUGAUAUAUUAUCACAUAUAACUAUGGCAUACUUGAAGAAUGAAGAUAUAGAGAAUGCUCUGGCAAAAAUGAAUGUUCCAUCAAGUAAUUUGAAUGACUUAAUCACACAUUAUGGUUUGAAUCAAAUGCCAGAAGGAAUGAAACCUGCAACCAUUACAAAUAAUACAGAUGUUAUUCACACAUCAAGUUUGAAUCUUGCACCGUCUGUAGAAAUUGGACAAUUACCCCAUACUACUGUUAAUGAAACUAGGAAAGAAGCAACUGUUAAUGUUGUUAUUGAAAAUAGAAUGGUACGAUUUAGAUACGACUCAGAAUUGAACAACAGAAAUUAUGGAAAAGAAGUCUUGGCUAAAAUAGUGGUGAACGACUAUAUUGGAAGGGUGAAAGUUCGUAUUCAUGCAGUAGAUGAUAAAAAGUAUAAAGCCCAUCCCUUCUGUUUGAUUGGAGAUAAAUGUGUUGAUGGGGUCUAUAUAGAAGACCAUGAUAUUGCUCCUGACAAAAAUGAAUGUAUUUGUAAAGCUACACCAAGAAUUCCCAAACAGAAGAAUUAUGAUAUGGAGCUUAAUAAUAGAAAACUUAUAAUGAUGGAAGGAAGCCGUUUUCCAUUCAUCACUGCUGACAUGGAAAAAGAUGACUACUGGAACUCCAAUAAGAAUAUCAAAGAGAGUAAAGAGAUUAUAUUAAUGGUAGAGGUUCAUUUCGUUACUGAAAAUGCUAAUCCUCCUUAUAUAUUACAAUACAGCAAUCCUAUCAAUAAUGCAAAGGAUGGUAAAAAAUUUGAGGUAUACGCUAUAGCUCCUUUAACAUCAUCAGUAUUAGGAUCUCCAAACGAUUCUCACUUCAUCAUCCUGACCUCAGAUUCGUACUCACCUGCUGAAUCAGAUAUUGAGGUUAGGUUUUGUGACGAAGGAGAUUGGUGUCAAACUACUAGAGGAAAAGUUAUUAAAAAUGCUAUUGAAUUCAAUUUUCCGGGAUACAGUGAAUCAUUAUCAGUUGAAAAAACGGUGUAUGUUUCUGUUUAUGACAAGAAGAGGAAAAUAGAAACAUCCAGAAAAGAACUCACACUACGGCCUUCAGAUGGAGACAUAAUUGCUCACAAAAGGAAAAAAGUAAUCAACUUUACCAUACCAGACUAUACAGAAGGUGUUAAACAAGAACAACAGUCUUCCUGUAUGAAUGGUGGCCAACGAAGAAUUCAUCACUUGAAAAAGAAAGUUUCCAGUCGAAGUGCAGGUUCACCUUUGGAUUUGGCAAAAUUGGAAGAAGAAGGGGUGAUGAGUUUAAAUAUUUCUAGCCCGAUGAGCCAGAAUGAAUUCAGUCUAAACUCUACCUCAAACUCUUCAUUUGGGCAAGCAGUUACUGCAGCAACAUUUUCAAACUUCAAUAAUCCAUCCACUACUCUGGCUGCAAGUAUUCCCAACACCAUUCCUGCCAUUCUAGCACCAAGUGGUGCAAGAGAUAUGCAGGCCAGAUCAACAAUAUCUGAUUACCAAUUAGGUACAAACAAUUCAGACCAUAAGGAUCUAGCAAACAACGUAGCUUUAUCACAAAACUCUCAAGGAAACAUCCUUCAAUCACAAAAUAUGUUUGGUACACUAAGUAAUAUACAGGUUGUUGGUAACAACACUCAAGAUAUAUCUCAGGAACAAACUUUAAGCAUCAGCCAGCUUAACAAUCUUCUUCAAUAUCCAGACGUUCUUAAAUUGCUUGGAUUAAGUGCAGAUGGUUUAGCCCCACAGGCAGCCAGUGUACCAUCUGUGAGUUUCAAUCAGAUGAAUACUGAUCAGUAUGCUAAUAGCAAUAGUGGUUAUGAUCCCCAUGAUAUCAGAUUGGAAGAUUUUGUUGAGGAGUUGAGUCAAAAUGACAUUGAAGUUGAUUGUGAAGAAGUUAGUAGUUCGACUGAAAAAGAGGAACAUUGUGGAAAGUGCAAGAAUGAAAAUGACAAAAGUGAAAAGAAAACAGAAAAAGGUAAAUCUUCAGGCAAAAUAUCAAAGGACAUAGUGUCAGAAAAGAAAGUUUCGGAAAAGAAAACAGAAAACAAGGAUGAAAAAUCGGAGAUACAAUCUGCAGUUGUCUCAUCCAACAAGAAUGAUGUUGAGGAAGGGUAGAAUGUUUAUCAUUACAUUAUGUAUAACAUGAAUUUCAUUUCAAUAAUAUGCUUUGAAACUUACUACAAAAAGUUACCAUUUUGGUUGCAACAGACAUUUUACUGUGUCUUAAAUUUGUAUUGUUUCAUCUUUCAUUUUACAAUGAUAAUUAUAUAUAGUUGUGAAACUAGAAGAAUUGAAUAAUUAUUGUAUAUAAGUGUGCACCAAAAAUGUUUUAAUAGUUGAGCAAUCCAUAAUAAGUUUCUGGUUUGCUAUAUAAAUCUAUGAUUAAAAUUUUAAGAUGAUACUAUUAUAAUAAAUCAUGUCUCUUCUUAAUUUUAUGAAAAUAUUUCCGUAAAAUAUUGUUACAUGUUCUAUUGAAAGAUAUACAUCUUUCCAUGUGAUCUUUUGAGGAUUGUUGUCAUUUGUAACUACAUAUAGAAUUAGAAAUUAGUCUAUGGGUAUCCUCUGUCUCUGAGAAAGAUGCAUGAGAAAUCUAAAGUUUCAUGUAUACAUGACUGACUGUCAAUUUCUAAAGAGCCUUUACAUUUAUAUAGAUAUAUAUAUUUUGAACAUGAAUUCACAUUUUCUAGGGUUAGUUUCUAAACAGCAAACUAAAAAUAAUUAUGAAUGGCUUUAUUUACAUUUUAUAUAUAUAUAUAUAUAUAUAUAUAUUUAGCAAACCACAGAAGCAUUUUUUGUUUGUUUUCUCCUUGAUUUUUAUUGUUGAUAGAUUGAACUGCUGUUGUGAAUAUUAUCUUAUUUAUAAACUUUAGCAUUAAAGUAGGCAAUAACAGAAUGACUGGUCAUAGUAUGACCAGACUUGACUCUAUAUUCUAAUUUAAAAAAAUAUUUUAUGGUAAAGGGGAUAUAUAAGAAUACUCAUUGUACAUGUUGUAUGGAUUCCUCACAGGACAGAUGAUUAAAUCAUUAUUUCAUUUAAUAUUUGAGGGCAUUACAAUCUGACGUUCAUGAAUCAUCAUUAAUACAUCUUGGAGUUCCUGGAAAAAAAGAAUCUAUAUACAUUUGUAUAUUGCUUUAAAAAAAGGAAAAAAGACUAGUGUCAGACUCUCAAUAUUUCAAAUACGGGUUUGUUGAAGUUAUAAAUAAUUUGAAACAAAGUCUUUACAGUACAUUCUGUAAUACCAGUAGCUAAUAAAAUUUACUAUUGAUAAUUGCACAUUACAAGAAUCAACUGUUGCUGUACAGUUUUGGUUCUUAUUAACCAUGUGUUAUUAUUUAUUAAUAUGUUUAUUAUUAUACCAUUUUUUUAAUCAAUCUGGAAAUGCAUCAUACAUUAUUUGUAGCUGACAACAACUUCCUUGUUUAUGAGGUUUUGAUUUCGAUACUUUUAUUUAAAGCAAGGUUUUGUGGCAAAAAAAGACAGAUACUAUUACUCACCAGGGGUUCAUCUUUUUUCUUGGGUUACAAAUUUCAUGGAUUAAGGAAAAGUUGUAUUUUUUUGUAGUUACUUGGUUUCCUGAUUUAGACAAAUAUUUCAUGCAAAUCUGUAGGAAACUCAUACUUUGUUGAAAAAUUAAAUUUGUGGUUCUCCUUUAUCUACAAAUAAUAAUAAAUCUACAAUAAUUAUAUUACAAAAAGAUACUGAAAUUUAGAGAGCCAUUUAAAUUACUCUGUACACUACAACCUGUGUUAAAAGAAAUGAUGCAGAUACACCCAGGAGUUAUUCUCAUAUCAAUAAAUAUCUAACAUUAAUAACUUUUUCUUGAUGUUUUGAAUGCUUUUCUAUUUUCUUUCUAUUUUUACAAACUAGUAUCUAUAGUUACAUAAGAAAAGUAAUUGAUGAAUUUUUAAUGCUUGUUAUUUUUAUUGUUAAUUUUUCUUUAUAUAACAACCUGUUUGUUGCCUUUGUUAAAGCUAUUGGCUGUUAUUUCUGUUGCCAAAUUGUAUAAAUCUUGCUGAUGCUUAUUAAUUAAUAAAUAAAAUUAAACAAGUUUUUUUUUAACUCAUUUAAUGCUGUGCCUUCAUACCUGGGUUACACAUAAGGAUCACAUCACUAUUCAUUUUCUUAAGCCAAUAUCAUUGACAUUGUCACACUUCCCUCUCCUUUUCGAAUCUGAACAACUUCGAUUUCUCUUAAACUAUCUAACACAUCAUUAAAUUGUGUAAGAUAGUUUAGAGAGGGCCUGAGGGGAUAGGUGUUCAUGGAAAGUUGAGGCAAGAAAUAUUUGUACUUUUUAGUUUUAGAGACUUUAAAGUUAAAUUUAUAUAUCCCUCAUUUAUAAAAAAAUAUUUGAGAUAUUCCCCACUGCACCACCUGCACUGAUAUAUCAACUCCAUUUAGGGGUCCAUAGAUGACCUUUGGAAGGCAAAAUAUUGACAUUUGACUGAACACCCUUUUGGGGUAAAGAUUGCAUUCAUGCAAUCAAAACCUUUAUGUGGCUGUCUUGAUAUUUAUCAGUUUCCUAGACAUUAUCACUUCUUUUAAAAUAAAUAAAACAAAGUGCAUUGAGCACAGCAUUCUUUAUAUAUUCUAUCCCUGAAUAUUUCAAGAAAUUUAUCAGUGAAAUGUAUACUCAGAUAUUCAACUUACAAAAUAAUGUUUAUGUGUAUAACCAUACUUUUUAAGAAAUUACAUAAAUUGUGCAUGGUGCAUGAAUUUAGCAUCUCUUCUGAUAACUUGAGUAUCCCUUGCUAUAUAAGAAGGAAACUUAAACAGAUAAAAGAUAUAGAAAGAGGAAAGAAUUCUAAUGAUUUUAGGGUCAAAGUCAAGGUUACUGUUACUAGAAAUAGAUUUUUUGGGGAAAAUGGCUUUCAGGUGGUAACUUAAGUUUUCCACUCAAGAUUGAAAUAAAACUUAUACAGAUGGAAGAUAUAGGUAGGGAAAGAAGCCUUAAUUUUUAUUAUGGAUCAAUAGGUCAAUUGUAAAGUCACUUUAACUAACAAUAGAAAGAUUAGGAAAACGGUUUUCGGUUGAUAACUUGAGUUUCCGUUGCUUGAUUGGAUGAAAUUUCAAUAGAUAAAAGAAGGGGAAGGGGAAAAAGCCUUUUCAUUUAGUGGUCAAAGGUCAAGGUCAGUGCUAUUUAAAAAUAGAACUUUUUGGGAGAAAUAGUUUCUGAGAGGUAAGUUUAGAUUUCCUUGCUUGAUUGGAAUGGAACUUAUACAGAUGUAAGAUAAAGGGAAAGGAAAGAAGCCUAUAGAAUAUGGGUCAAUAUGUUAAAGGUCAAGGUCACUGUUACAAAAAAUAGGAAAUAUUUUAGAAAAAUGGUUUCCAGGUUGUAUAAAUUUGAGUUUAUCUUGCUUGAUUGGAAUUAAACAUAGAGUGAAGGGAAAGAAGUCUAUUGAUAAUUGAGUUAUAAGGUCAAAGGUAAGGUAACUGCUUCUAAAAUUAAAAAAGUUUUGGAAAAAAAGGGUUUCCAGAUGAUAGCUUGAGGUUCCCUUAUUUUCUUAGAAUAACACUUACUAGUAUACAGAAGAAACAGGGAAGAUGAAGAAGAAUAUUGAUUUUGGGGUCAACAGGUUAAAGGUUGAGGUCUCUUCUAAAAAAAAACAACUGUGCAAACUAAAAUACAAAAAAGGAUCAUUAACUCUCACACCUAUGAAAAAAAAAACAAAUCCACAAUCUUAUAUGUAAUCAAUAGCUAUAGAAGGGGCGACAUGUCCCCUUUUUAUAUGACCGCAACAAAAUUUUUGUGGUCGUAUAUUGGUAUGACAUUGGCGUCGUCGUCGUCGUCCUCUGGCGUCGUCCGGCGUCGUCCGAAGACACAUUGGUUUUCGCACUCUAACUUUAGUUUAAGUGAAUGGAUCUCUAUGAAAUUUUACCACAAGGUUCAAUACCACAAAAGGAAGGUUGGGAUUGGUUUUGGGGGUUAUGGUACCAACAGUAAAGGAAUUAGGGGCCAAAAAUAAGCAUUUUUGUAACUUCCAGACAUAACUUGUGUGUAAGUGUGUGGAUCUCUCAGACAUUGUACCACAAGGUUCCAUAUCACAAAAGGAAUGCUGGGAUUGAUUUUGGGGGUAAUUGCCUCAAAAUCUUAGGAAUUAGGGGCCAAAAAAGGGGCAAAAAACAAGCAUUUUUCUAGUUUCAUGACAAUAACUUGUGUGUAAGUGUAUGGAUCUUCCUGAAAUUUUACUACAAGGUUCCAUAUCACAAAGGGAAAGCUGGAAUUGAGUUUGGGGGUAAUUGCCGAAACGUUUAGGAAUUGGGGGCCAAAAAGGGGCAAAAAAUAAGCAUUUUUCUAGUUUCCAGACAAUAACUUGUGUUCAAGUGUAUGGAUCUCUCUGAAAUUGUACUGCAAGGUACCAUACCACAAAGGGAUGGCUGGGAUUGAGUUUGGGGGUGAUGAAUCAUAAGGGGGUUCAAAAAAUUUGGGGGGGGGGAUUUUUUUUUUUUUUCCUUUUUUUUUUCUUUUAAAAUUUUCCAUUUUAAGUUGGUUAUUUCUGAUUUAUAUUUAAAAGCAAAUAAUGAUGAUAUGGUAGGAGAUACACACCAAACAGGAUGUGUAAAUUAUUAUAUAAUAAGUAAUGUGCAAUAGCAAGAAAUUUUCAAUUGCACAGUAUUGCACAAUAGCAAGAAAUCUUCAAUUGCACAGUAUUGCGCAAUAGCAAGAAAUCUUCAAUUGCACAGUAUUGCGCAAUAGCAAGAAAUAUUCAAUAGCACAAUAUUGCGCAAUAGCAAGAAAUUGUCAAUUGUACAGUAUUGCGCAAUAGCAAGAAAUAUUUAAUUGCACAGUAUUGUGCAAGAGAAGAUACUUCGUAUAAAUUGCUUAUUUCUUGACCAAUUUCAAUGGGGUUUUAUUCCUGAAUUCUUGGGGUUUUUUAAUAUGCUGAAUCAUACCGUGUAUUCAGUUUUUGGAUUUUGGGCCCCGUUUUUAAAUUGGUCCACAUUGAGGUCCAAAGGGUCCAAAAUUAAACUUUGUUUGAUUUGAUAAAAAAUUGAAUUAUUGGGGAUCUUUGAUAUGCCGAAUCUAACCGUGUAUUUAGAUUCUUAAUUUUUGGUUCCGUUUUCAAAUUGGUCUACAUUAAGGUCCAAAGGGUCCAAAAUUAAACUUAGUUUGAUUUUAACAAAAAUUGAAUUCUUAGGGUUCUUUGAUAUGCUGAAUCUAAACAUGUAUUUAGAUUUUUGAUUAUGAGCCCAGUUUUCAAGUUGGUCCAAAUCGGGGUCCAAAAUUAAACUUUGUUUGAUUUCAACAAAAAUUGAAUAUAUGGGGUUCUUUGAUAUGCUGAAUCUAACCAUGUAUUUAGAUUUUUGAUUUUUGGGCCCCGUUGUCAACUUUGUCCACAUUGAGGUCAAAAGGGUCCAAAAUUAAACUUUGUUUGAUUUCAUCAAAAAUUGAAUUAUUGGGGUUCUUUGAUAUGCCGAAUCUAACCGUGUAUUUAGAUUCUUAAUUUUUGGUUCCGUUUUCAAAUUGGUCUACAUUAAGGUCCAAAGGGUCCAAAAUUAAACUUAGUUUGAUUUUAACAAAAAUUGAAUUCUUAGGAUUCUUUGAUAUGCUGAAUCUAAACAUGUAUUUAGAUUUUUGAUUAUGAGCCCAGUUUUCAAGUUGGUCCAAAUCGGGGUCCAAAAUUAAACUUUGUUUGAUUUCAACAAAAAUUGAAUAUAUGGGGUUCUUUGAUAUGCUGAAUCUAACCAUGUAUUUAGAUUUUGGAUAUUGGACCAUAAUAGGUGAAUGUCCAAUUUAAAAAUUUUAAGUUCUUAGACCACAUUCAUUCUGUGUCAGAAACCUAUGCUGUGUCAAAUAUUUAAUCACAAUCCAAAUGCAAAGCUGUAUCAAGCUUGAAUGUUGUGUCCAUACUUGCCCAAACUGUUCAGGAUUCGACCUCUGCGGUCGUAUCAAGCUGAGCCCUGCGGAGCAUUUUAUUCCCAUUGCCAUCUCAGUGUAUAAAGACUAAGCUACGUCUGUGACCUAUCACUAUCAUGGUUCAAUAAAAGUUAAUCAAAGUAAGAAAAUGUUCACUUGAGAAAAAAAUUAAAUACAACCUCUUGGUAAAACAGACGCUCAUUCUUUAACUUUUAUUGAAACCUAACACCAACAGUUAUUUGGUGUUAGGUUUCAAAUGGUGAAGUUGAAGUCAUCCCUUCGUAAAUUUUACGGACGCCAUCACGAGUUGGUUGACCGUUAUAGAAUAACCGUUUCACAGAUGAUAUCGGAUAUGUUCCUUAUGUCGUAACUACAAUACCCUUCCCUUUUCACGAAUUAGACUAUUUACCGGAUUUUUAAUAACAUAAGCAACACGACGGGUGCCACAUGUGGAUCAGGAUCUGCUUACCCUUCCGGAGCACCUGAGAUCACCCCCAGUUUUUGGUGGGGUUCGUGUUGCUUAGUCUUUAGUUUUCUAUGUUGUGUCAUCUGUACUAUUAUUUGUCUGUUUGUCUUUUUAUUUUUGGCCAUGACGUUGUCAGUUUGUUUUCGAUCUAUUAGUUUGACUGUCCCUCUGGUAUCUUUUGUCCCUCUUUUUAUUUCACUUUAUUAUGACAAGUGAACCAUUCAAUUGAUAGCAGUUGCUUGUGACCCAUGAUGCUGUCUUCAAUGGAAUACAUAGAUUUUGAUAUCAGGUCAGAUGUAAACUACCGAUAUAAGAUAUUAGUAAACUUUUACUAAAGCGAAGGCAAGGCCAAACUGGAAAUUCAGUAAUCCGUAUAAGGAUUAGAAAUUUAGGAACCCAGAGGACUUCUACCAAAAACCCCUACCUAUUCAACAGGUAUCAAUUCCUGGCUAUGUACUGUCUUUAAUUGUGAAAACUGUGCAAGAGAUGUAAAGGAAUUCCUGACAAUCAGAAGAAAAUAUGUUAAUACACAGAAAAACUAUUACCUGUGAGACUCGUUGGGAAUUUAUCUGGUUACGUCAAGUUUAAUCAGUGGAUUUAGCUGUACCACAUAAGCAUUACAUUAUUUGGAUAUCAGCAGGAGUCUUUUAAUAUCUAUUGCUCUAAGUUUUAAAUCUUGCAUUGAGACCAUUAUCAAAAUCAUAUGAUCAAGCUCAUCGGUAAGGCAAGCUGUUUUUAAACUUCUUCACUUUUAAUAUAUCUUAAAGUUAGUAGGAUAUCUUGUUAAGUAUAUAAGAUAUCUUGUAUUCUUUACAAGAUAUCUUAUUCAAUUUGAAGUUAAUAAGAUGUCUUGUUUCCUUUAUUGUCUUGCCUUGACGGAGUCAAAAAGCAAGACAUAGUUAUGCUGUUUCCGGCGUCUGCGAUGGCGGCGGCGGCGUCAACAAUGUAUUAGUUUGUGAUUAGGUCUGGUUUAUGGUGAACCACUAGUGGUAGGUCAAUGAUAUUUGGCAUGUAUUUGUAUAAGCAUUGGCACAUCUCAUUUCCAUGGAGAUUACUUGACCCUGCCCUCUCAGUCAUGGUCUAAUGACUUUGAAACUUUUGCGUAUUUUACAUGUACUAGUUUGUGAUUAGGUCAGUUUAUGGGGAACCACUAGUGGUAGGUCAAUAAUAUUUUGUAUGCAGUUGUAUAAGCAUUGGCAUAUCUUAUUUCCAUGGAGAUUAUUUGGCCCCACCCCCUCAGUCAUGGUCUAUUUACUUUAAAACUUUUGUAUUAGUUUACAUGUAUUAGUUUGUGAUUAGGUCAGUUGUAGGGGAACCAUUAGUGGUAGGCCAAUGAUGAUUGGUAUGCAGUUGUAUAAGCAUUAGCACAUCUCAUUUCCAUGGAGAAUAUAUGGUCCUUCUCCUUAGUCAUGGUCUAUUGACUUUGAAACUUUUGCUUAGUUUACAUGUAUUAGUUUUUGAUUAGAUCAGUUUAAGAUGAACCACUAAUGUUAAGUCAAUGAUAUUUGGUAUGCAACUGUAUUGGCAUUUGCAAGUCUCAUUUCCAUGGAGAUUAUAUAGCCCCAUCCCCUCAUCAUGGUUCAUUGACUUUGAAACUUUUACAUAGUUUACAAGUUAAUGUUUGUGUUGAGGUUUGUUUUGAAGGGAACAACUUAUGAUAAGUCAAUGGUAUUUGGUAUGCAGUUGUAUGAGCAUUGACACAUCUUAUUUCCAUGAUGAUUGUUUAGCCAUAUCCCUUCAGUCAUGGUUCAUUGGCUUUUGAAUAAUUGCAUAAUUUACAUGUUAAAGAAUUGCUAUUUUAAUUUCUACAUUUGCAUUAUCAAAAUAACAAAAAGGAGAGACAUAUCUCUGUGUUCACAGUUUAUGUUCAGUUUUUAUACGCCCGUUUACGGGACGUAUUAUGGUAUACCUCUGUCCGUCUGUACGGUACGUCCGUCGUCAACAUGUCGGACAUUAACUCAAAAACGCUUUAACCAAUUUGCAUAAAACUUUGGUGAAUUGUUUAUAUCUAUUGAUGUGAGCUCCCUUUCGUUUUUAAUAAAUUUUAGAUUUUACGUUUCCGAGUUAUGCGGUUUUAUUCAUUAAAAAAAGGGGGAUUUUCCAGUUUUGGGACAAUAACUCAAGAAUGCUUUCACCAACUUGCAAGAAAUUGUGGUGAAUUGUUUUUAUUUAUUGACAUGAUCUCCCUUUCGAUUUUUAUAUAUUUUAGAUUUUACGUUUCCGAGUUACAGGGUUUAAUUCAUAAAAAAAGGGGGAUUUUCCAGUUUUCUGACAAAAAAUCGAAAUGCUUUCAGCUGUUCUUAUGAAACUUUGGUGAAUUGUUUAUAUCUAUUGAUGUAAGCACCGUUCAGAAUUUUAUAAAUAUUACAUUUUACAUUUCUGAGUUAUGGGGUUUUAUUCAAUAAAAAAGGGGGGAUUUUCCAGUUUUCGGACAAUAACUCAAAAAUGCUGUCAGCAAUUCUCAUGAAACUUUGGUGAAUUGUUUAUAUCUAUUGAUGUAAGCUCCCUUUACAUUUUCAUAAAUUUCUAAUUUGACAUUGAGAAUUAAUUGAACUUUAAUUGUUUAUAGUCUGACAACAUAUUUACUAAGUAUUGUGCAACAGCACAGUGUAUUGCACAACAGUAAGAAAUCUUUAAUUGAAUAUAAAUUCAAUUCAUAUAACCAAUUUCAAGUUCUUUGACUUCAUUUAUUCAGAAACCUAUAAUAUGUCAAAUAUUUAAUACAAUCCAAAUUCAGACCUGUAUCAAGCUUGAAUAUUGUGUCCAUUUUUGCCCCAACUGUUCAGGGUUAGACCUCUGCAGGCUAAUCCAGCUGCGCUCAGCGAAGCAGUUUAUUAAUCAAUUGUUGAAAUUUCUACAUUCCUUUAUAACAGACUUACAUAUUUAUUAUUAAUUUGUUUGAUGUGGCUAUUAACUUUUGAUAAUUGUGAAUAGAGUAGAUUAACAUUGAUAUUAUUUUGUUUGGUCAUCUAAUUUAAGCCACCAAUGAUUGAUUAUUUGCUGCUGUUCUCUUUUAGAAUGAUUUGAAAUUAUAUGAUGCCAUUGUUAAACUAAUUAGACCAGUAUGAAUGAAUAGAUAUGGACACUUUUUGUCUAUUGUGGUCUGUGAACUUUUUAAAAAAUGUUCAUCUCAAACCUCAAAUGGAUCUGAAAUAUGUUUAGGGCAUUUCCUUAGAGGACCUGGCAACCCAUCACUACUGUUAUAACUUAAUGUUAAAUUUCUGUGAUUCAUUAUUGUACUUUAAUAUCAUGACUGCUAUUAUCCGUCUUUCCAUAGGUUAUUUAGAAAUAUUUCACAAUAUCUAUAAAUUUUCUUUUCUUAAAAAAAAAACAAAAAAGAAAGUUUCAUGAGUAAAUUUCCUUUUGAUUGUGGUAUUUUUCAAUUUGUCAUUAGUGAGUAAAGUGACUUUGAUAUUUAAUUAUUUAACCGUUCUGGAAAUUUUUUCAAAUUUAUUUUGAUGAAUCAAGUUUCUUUAACAAAUUUUUAUGCAUGACAUUUGUCAUUUGUAUGUGAAUUUUUAAAUUGGAGUCAAUAUUUUUCAUGCAACUAUUGUUGAAGGAUGUUCCUGAAUACUAUAAUGAUAAUGAGUCAAAUUGUGAUGGCAGUUGCAUACAUUAGUUUAUAAUACAUGUGUUUAGUGAGUGAAACAGGUUCCUUGAAGCCUCUAGUGGAUCAAUAAUUAGAAUCUUUUUACUUGCAAAUGUGAUGCUAUUGCAUCAUGUUUAAAUCCAUUAUUAUUAUUGUUAUACAUAUUUUAUGAGAUUAUUUAUACUGGAUGAUCUGUUAUUAAUACUGAGGUUUUGAAUUGUAAAUUAUAUAACUGUGGUUGAUUUGAACUAUAGAUUUAAUAUUAAAAUUGGGAAUGAUA